AUGGAUGAGGAGCGGAGCGCACCCCCCAUCUCCCCAGAGACGCCUGAUGAUGGGGACCCUGCUCGACCAGCUCCGCAACCAGAUUCACACACAGCCUCCGACACAGAGAGGGCGAACAGCUGCCCAGAGCCCAAACCCUUUCAUAGUGAAGAUGUGGCCCACAUUUAUACUGAACCCCUCAUAUUGAGGUUAAACGGCACCCCAGAACGGUUGCUAGGCAAUGAUGGAGACAAUUGUAACAGCAGCCUCUCACACUCGGAGCUUACGACACCCAGCAAGAGUAUCACAUCUCAACCAGCAGCCAGAUCCACGCCCAUCCAGCACACACAGCCAUGUCGGACCCAGCCCAGCAGCCAUCUACGAAACGGGACCAGGCAGCACUCACACCCCCACUCCCCUCACACGCACUGUCCGCAUCACACGCACAAGCACGGCCCCCAGUCCAACGGGGUCAGGAGCCCUCAUGCGCAUCCUAAGCUGGGCUCGCUUCCAAAAGGCGGCUCCUCCACCUCCUCCUCCUCUUCAGCGGGACCCAAACACACCAAGAAAUUGCAGUCCAACCCGUCCAUCACCUCCCAGAGCAGCAAGAGGAGCAAGAGCAGCUCCAAGAGCAACAGCUCCCAGAUCCCCACAGAGGGACAGGAUGACUGCUGUGUUCAUUGCAUCCUGGCCUGCCUCUUCUGUGAGUUCCUAGCUCUGUGCAACAUCGUGCUGGACUGUGCCACCUGUGGCUCCUGUGCCGGGGACGAGUCGUGCUUCUGCUGUUGUUGCGCGUCAGAGGAGUGUGGCGACUGCGACCUGCCCUGUGACAUGGACUGUGGCAUCAUUGACGCCUGCUGUGAGUCUGCAGACUGCCUGGAGAUCUGUAUGGAGUGCUGCAGCCUUUGCUUCUCCUCCUGA